AUGGCGGCAUCAUGGCAGGAUGAUGUCAACCGGCACAUGUCCGAGUCAAAGACAGAGCGUGAGGCCAUCACGGCGCGUGUGGAGCAGCUGGCGACUGGUCUCUCGGCUGCCGUCGAGCUCAACCGCACGUACGCCGACAAGAUCGCCACCUGCGAGACGCACAUCGAGGACCUCGCGAAAAGACUCGAGGCGCUAUUUGCCUCCGCGCCGCCCUUUACCGCCACCGACAAAAAGAACCUCGACGAGGUCGCAGCCAUCCGUGGCACCAUCAACACCAUCCGCCGCGAGCUCAACAAGGCCUCGUCGUCGUCCGGCUCGGACUCUGGAUCGGGCUUCGACGAUGCGGGCGGCGGCGAGGCCCUCGGGUCUGUGCGGUUGGUGGAGCAGACGAUGCGAGUUGUGGGCAGCGAUGGCAGUGCGAGCGACACAGGCGAUGUACAGUCGGCACGGAUGCGGGCACUAUCGCGGGUGCGAAGCGCGUCGGUGGUGCAGCCGGCGGUGGGUGAGGGUGUGGCUAUCAAAGUGGCGAGUGUCAUGGGCGAGCUGCUCACGGGGCUAGCCGAGGAGCAUCGAGCGUCGUUUUACGACAGCCUGGUGGUGGGCGAUGAGAUGAGCGUACUCAUUGGUGGGGCUGGGCAGUGGACGCUCAACACGGCGUUCGUGGCCCUUCGCGCCGCCAACACCGAGCGCCACAAGCUCGUCGUCCUCAUCAAGACGAAUGACGAAGUGGCGGCUUCGGUGCUCCUCGCAUUCCCGCUGGCCGCAGCAACUAAGCUCAUUGCGCCGUACUCCUUCUCCCAGAUGGAGGAGCUUGCGCCCGAAGAGGCCCGCAAGAUCGCUGCCGAGCUGGGCCCUUUCCCCACCUCGCGCGCCAUCGGCCUCGAGUUUUCGAGCAGCAGCCCACUCGGCCCGCAUCGGCACACCCUCAUCCUCGUACCCUGGCACGCCCCGUCGGCCUUUCGCUGGCUUGUCGGUCUCGUCGCGGCGCUGAAGUUUCGCCCGUCGCUUGCCGAGCGGCCGACUGUGGGCCGGGCUUCAGUGGCCGGUGGCAGCCGGUCGUACACGGGCGGGGCUGUGGCUGCGCGGGCGCUGGCGUGGGGCGGGAGCGCGUUCCAUGAGCAUGCGGUGCGACAUACCGAGGUACUAGGUGACAUGCUUGGGACAGGCAAGGUGUUUGGGCGGCCCGUGGUGGAUUUUGAUGCGCAGCUCGAGCCGGCACGCCAUGGUGUCGGCUACUCGCUCCGCGUGGCGACGCAUGGCAUCGGCGUGGUCGACGACCUGGUGUAUCCUGAGCUGCCCCAGGCGGGGAUUGAAGAUGCGCUGCUCAUGCUCGCCGGCUCGCUGCGGCAACGGAAGCGUCGACUCGGGGCCUUUGUGAACAGCAUCCACACCCACGAUGCCGCGGUGGAUGAUCCGCCGCGGCUCACGCUUGUCUCGGCGCUGCGUGACGAGAUUGUGCGCGCCGAGCUCGAGGAGGCUUUCAUCAAGAUGCUUGCGGGCACGGUUGAGUCAAAUGUGGUAAGAAUUGCCGACGUCCUCGUGUCAGCGCCGUGGUUGCUUCACAUCCUCUACGUCUCGUACGCGCACGAGGUUGACGCCGGGCCGUCGCUGUUCCGGCGCAGGUCCAGGGCGGUUUGGGGCGGUGCGAGCUCGACCACGCCGGCGACGCUUUGCAGGGGCAUGGCGCUCGCCGCGCCCAACGAGCGCAACCCAUCGCUGCACCUCCGCGCGGCGCCUUGGGACGUGCACGCGUCGGCUGUGAUACCCAGUGCAUUGCUGCUCGGCGCGGUGCACAGUGAUGAUGCCGGAACGUGGGCGCUCUUUGUGACGUCGAACGGGCUCGCUGUCUGCUCGCACAACAAGGCGGUGGCCAUCGAGCUGAAGCUCGCCAAUGAUGGCGCCCGGGCGCUCACAUCUCACAGCGUGCUCGCGUUUGCGCCCGCACUAGAGCUUGGUGGUGUGUUUGUGGUGAGCCUCGUCAAGUCGCGGUCUAACGGCGACGUGCGCCGAAAGCGCGUGCUGCGCCUGGAGUUUCUGGUGCUUCAGGUACCACAGGUGCAGAAGAACGGCUCGCUGAUGCCGGUCAACAUUGCGCAACGCGUUGAGACGGGGACGGGGUUUGCAGUGCACGCGAUCGUCAAUGAGCUCAAGGGGCCGUCGUUGAGCCUUCCGCGAGGGCUGGCGCCGCCGCUGGUGGCUACCUUCCUCGCACACCGGUCGCUGCUGAUGGUGAGCGCGGGUGCCGAGCUGUUUGCGGUGACCAUUACGGCGCCGCCGGUGCGCAAGGAGGCAAACAUUGCGGGUCACGGCGGCAAUGGGGUGUCUGGAGAGUGGCUGCUUACCCUUGCGCUCUCCAACUCGUACUCUUUCGGCGUUCUCCGCGCAAUCGGCGCCGACGAAGCGCACACGCCCGACGCUGUGCUGCGGUCCGAGGCGCGCGUGGCGGCGCGCGUGCCCGGAGCCGACGACAACAGCGAGUCGCAACGCGAGCGAGCGUAUCCGCAUCUCGGCUUUGCGGCGCCGGGGUGGGGCGUGGAUCCGUACGAUGAAGCCGUCCUCGUGGCAGCAUCGCCCGAUGCGUGUGUAGGUGCCGCUGUCGGUUCGGCGCAGCUGUACGUUCCAUCGCUCGACCUCGUGUUUGUUUACGGCGGCCACUGGAUACGGUCGCGGCGCGAGCGUGUACCUGUGGGGAGCCUCUGGACGCUCGACGUGGGGAGCAGCGAGGGCCAGCUCGGGUCGUGGCGACUUGUUCUCGAUCAUGACGACACUUCGGUUGUGCGCCCACCGCCGAUGGCGGCUCCGAGCCUUGCUUUUGCGCGGCACCCGUCGAUGCCUACAGCGUCGCUCCUCGUUCUCGCGUCGGGCGGUGUGUCGCCAGCGACGUACGCCGCGCAGCCGUCUGUGGCGUCUGACACGACGUUUGGGUGGCAGGACACAAAGGCGCGCGACGUGACGGCCGCAUGGUUUCGCAGCCAGCCGUGGCGGCUGCUCUGGAUCUACUCGCCGUACCUGGAUCUGUGGUGGGCGGCGCGCCUCGAGCUUGCGCCGUCGCUCAUCGAGUCAUCGAACAACGUGCUGGACGCGCCGUUUGCCAUUCUUGGCAUGGACGCGGGCUUUGUCGCGUCGUCGUCGUCGCCGCUUUCCGAGCUUGUGCCGGUGGUCACGCUCGUGGUGGCGGCGCACGAGACGAAGGACGUGCUGCACCUGCGGGUAGAGCUUCCUCAUCAGCCGCCGUCGCACCCUGCCACAGGUGCGCUGGCGUCGCUCGCCGGAAUGGACGGCGGCCUCGCCACGCGGGCAGGUAUCUCACUGACAACGCACGGGAUGGACGCUGUGCUAGACUCGCCGCUCUAUGCCGUCGACGGGCUGGUGGCGCCAGUCGCAGCCAGCGUUCUCCCGGCGUCGGCGGCAGCGGCGGCGCGUGACCCGCUGUCGCUCGACGUCCAUGGAGCACGCCCGCAGCUGGCCGACCUCGGCUUUGAUCUUGUGUUUCCGUCGUUCCCGCGCGAUGUGCAGCGACUGGUCAACGCGCGCGAUGUGGGCGAGCCCGUCUUUGCGGCGCUCCUCGACUCAUGGAUCAGCGGGCUUGCCAGCUGGGAAUCCAAGUCGACGCGCGCGAGCAACGCCGUGAUCACGGCCCUGCUGCACUUUGUGGCCGAGUUUGGCUCGGAGCCGCUGUGGGCGGCGUUUUCGUCGCGGACGCGCGCCGUCUCGUUCUCGUCGGCACUGGAGAGUGUACUGGAGGGUGCGCUGGCGUCCCCUGAGGCGUUUGAGGCGUCAAACGUGACAUUUGACGACAUCGUCCGCUUGGUGGUCGUCCUUGACUCGCUCUCGGCCCGGCUCGAGUUUCACGGCCUCUUCGCGGUCGCAGGCCAGGUGCUCCAUCGCCUUCUCCAUCUGCGCAACGUCCUUGACGGGAACGUGCUGAGCAACAUGGCACGGCCGACGUUGGCCGGCGCGUCCGCAUACGUUGCGGCGUCUGUGACGCCAUGCGUUGCGGCUUCGCUGCACCUUUCGGGCAUCAACGCGGAUUUCGAGUGGCUCGAUGGACACGGCUCGCCGCUUGUCCUCUACUCGGGGCAGCUGACGCUUGAGAUGCGGCGGUUCAAGCGGACGUCGACGAAGGAGGUGCAUGCUGUGGUGGUGAUGGCGCUUGCGCCUCCAAACCCGCCGAGUGCGUCGUGGCGGCUCACCGCGUGGUUUGCGCUCUUGUUGGCGUCCAGGUCGGAGCCGCUCUUCGUUGCCGCUAUCGCACCCGAGGGCCGCACGCCGCCGCUAGUGACCGAGUUUGCCAUCGCCCGUGAUGGCGGGUGCGUUACGGUAACGCUGGAGGACGAAAUGGGCAAGACAGAAGAGUUGGUGCUGAAGGGGCCCAGAACGGCGCUGUCGCUCUUUGAGCGGGCGUUCACCAUGGCGUCUGAGACGCUGGCGGCGCGCGAAGGAACGUGGGCCGCGUCGUCGUCGCCGGCCGAGCACUUGCCGUCGUCGCUCGUGCACCAGCUCACGCUCGAGGCUGUGCUCCUCCCCACGAUUGGCGCAGCGCGCCCCGAGUUUGUUGUGGCGACAGUGCACGCGUCGCGUGAGGCCGGCGACUACCUCCUCGCGCGCUCGCACGUCGACACACUGUUUAAGGCCGCGUGCGUCAAGGCGAGCGCGGCAAGCGCGGUCCUCCGGUUCGCGUAUGACGUGGUGCUGCCGCUUUCCGGUGUCCCGUCGCUCCGCGCUAACCUUUUCUCGUCGGCUGAUCAUGGCGCGCGUGUGCAGCGGGCGCGUGUCGAGGUGGUAGCCAAGCAUCUCCGGCCGAGCGGGCUCGACCCGCGGCAGGAGAUGUUUUGGACGUGGGUGGGUUGGGCUGGUUUCACACUCUUCCACGUGGCCGAGCGUCCGCAUGCGCGCGUACUCCUUCCCGUCCUCGUUGCUGUGGUGGGAGUCAUCAACCUGUAUGGCGAUCUUGACGACGCAGAGAAGGAGGACACGCUCGGCGCGCUGCGCGCCGCGCAGGAAGGCAACGCCGUCGCGCAUGGGUGGCCUCUUGCUUGCUACACUCAGCUGAAGAAGAACGAACGGGCGUCACUUGCCAACAAGUCGUUCAUCGACGUGGACGAGGAGGCGUACUCAUUUUCGGACGAGGACACCGAGACGGCAGUCAAGUCGCGGAGCAAUGGCGGCGAGGGCGGUGGGCCAUCACGGCCGCAGACUCCGGUCGCUCUCGACGAGGACGAGGAUGAGCUGCUGAGCGCGGAUGCGCGCGAAGCUGUGCUUGUGCGAAUGUUUGCCGCGCUGCAGUCGUUCGGCAAGCCGCUCCUUGAUGCGGCGUGGGAGUACGUGGUGUUUGUGGUCUCAUCGACGCGGGCAAUGGCUCGUCUCGGCGAUCUGGUGUGCUUUUGGGCGUGCCUGAGGUUUGUGCGAUUUGUGGUGGAGGACACCACGCUGCCCGCUGGAUUGAGGGACAAGCAUGAGGCGUUGCGGGGCACGUUCUUUGGUGAGCGCGGAGAGUCGGGCUUGUGGCAGUUUGCGCGAUCGCUCCCGCACGUCUCGCUGCUCGAGCGCGCGUUUGAGGCGAGCAAGUACGACGCGCUUGCCGAGCCCGAGGUGUGUCGGGUGGGUGGGGAGAUUGUGGAGCGCGCGGCGGGCGAGGCGUGGUGCCUCGCCGAGGCGAUGGUGACGUCGCUCGACUUGGAGCCGCUGGUGGGGCGGGUGACAGCGCACCUUUCCGAGCUCUUGCAGACGUUGCGGGUGCUUGACGCGCACAACGUGCACAGGCUUUCACUCGACAAGAAGGCAGGCGCGCUUGCAACGGCGCGCAAGGUGUCGAAAAAUAGUGUCACGCCAGAUGUCUGCCAUGCCGCCGUGAGCGCGGCGAGCAGCGCGCUCAACGUGAUCGACUUUCUCGUCGGACAGGUUCUCCGCGACGAGCGGAGCAUGGGGCGGCUUCUCUCGGCAAGCAAUGUGGAGACGCACGCGCCCAAGCUCACGUCACGCCUCGAGACCAAUGUGGCGGUUGUCAAGUCACUGAGCGGGAGCGAAUCGCUGUUGUCUUCCGACGUGGGAAAGCACCUGGCGUCGGGUGCACUUGCGGAAGAGGAGGCGCGGCGACACGGGGCCGAUUUCGGGACACGGACGUGGGUUGAUGCCCGUUCGGUGGAGGCACAGCAGAUGCAGCGAAACGCGACUGUGGGAGCGGGGCGCGGGCGCGCCGAUACGGUGGACGCGAUGCUGGGCGUCUCGGUCUCGUCGACGGUGCAGGCGUCGCUCUCGAGCGACCUGGUUAUGGGCAUGGGUGAACGACACAUGAUCGGCUCGUGGCUUGUUGCGUACACCAAGGUGGUGGCGGUCAUGACAGAUAUGCUGUCCAACGUGAGUGAUCACGUGGUGGAGUACGGGUGCAACGUGGCGAGCGUCAACUACGCCCGGGUGCCUGCUGGCAAGAACGGGAGGCGCAAGGCAAAGGCAGUGCGCCGCACGACUGAAGAGGCGCUGGAUAGGCACACCGGGCUCAUGGCAUCGCAGAUGCGUGAGGAUGCCGAGCGAGUGCUGGCGCCGGCCAAGGCGUUUGUGGCCACCGUGUCGACGUGUAUCGAGUCCCUCAACGGGUGCGUGGACGAGCUCGUGGCAAACCCGCGGUUCCGCGACUUGCCGCCCGUGGGCGCGGCCAAGGCGAAGAUGAUCGACUCGCUACUCAGAUCCGGGCUGACGCUCGAGCACGAGCUGGAGAGCGGGACGGACUCGUUUUGA